AUGGCAAAGAAGGCAAUUGACCCUUUCUUUGUGCCUAAUGCAGUUUCGGUAUUCAUACAACUUGUGCUUCUUCUUAUCUACGCAGAGUCAAAGCUAUACGUCACAACCACCCCCUCCAUCUCACCUCUUCUUCCCGUGAAGUUCUACUACUGUUCGAGUUGUGAUUAUGUUGCCCACCUUGAUUGUGCUUUGGAUGAGAGAAAUAGGGAGGACAUAAAUUUGCUUAAACUUACAGAUGGGGAGUCCAAUGAGCUAGAAAUUGAAGAUUUAGAGCUGGAUGGAUCUGUUGACUUAGCAACUUACAAAGUCAAAAAAAUCAAUGAAGGUGAGGACGGAAUUGAAAUUCCCACAGAAAUCGAACACUUCAGUCAUGAGCAUGAUUUAAAGCUUUCUAACGAGGUUGAGAAUAACAAAAAAUGCGAUGGGUGCUUACGAGCCAUUCUCCCUCCGUUUUAUAGAUGUGCCAAGUGCAAUUUUUUUCUUCAUAAAUCUUGUAUUGAAUUACCUAGAACAAAGAAACACCCACUCACCCUCCUCCCAAAGGCACCUUAUGGGAGUAAGUCAUUUAUGUGUAAUGCUUGUGAACAAUCUUGCAAUGGCUUCACCUACUAUUGUGAGACAUGCAGUUUUGAUCUUGAUGUUCAAUGUAGUUUGAUCUUGGAAAUCCUUUCCCACAAAGGUCAUGAGCAUCCUCUUAACCUCUCCAGCACAAGACAUAGUCAGAAUUGUAGUAGUUGUGACUUUGAAAGUUCCCUAUUUUACGAUCAAAAUUCCCAAGUAUUACGUUGUGCCACUUGUGAAUUUGCAUUGGACUUUAAAUGUGCUACACUAUCAUUGAAUACAAGGUACAAACAACAUGAGCAUCCCUUUACUCUCAGUUAUGCUGUUGAAGAUGACUCCGGUGAAUAUUAUUGUGAUAUCUGUGAAGAAGAACGAGAUCCAAAGCAUUGGUUUUAUUAUUGUGCAGAUUGUAGCUAUCCUGCUCAUCCUAAAUGCAUUCUUGGGCAAUACCCAAAUUAUAAGUUUGGACGUGCUUAUACUUUUGACUGUCACGCACACCUACUCACUUUCAUUGAGAAAACUAAAGACCACCCCGAAUGUCACAAAUGUGGUGAGCCUUGCAAAGAGCUUUUCUACCAAUGUGCCAUGUGUAAUUUCAGCAUGCACGAACAAUGUGUAUGGAAAUGA